AUGCGCGACGUGAACUAUCAAGUGUCAGCAGUGCCGAUCGAUCACGGAAUAAUUUUAUUGAUUACAGCCGGCGCGAGGGACGGAGGAGGCAGGAGAUACCCGGUGAUCGUGUUCGUGCACGGGGAGAGCUAUGAAUGGAGCAGCGGGAACCCUUACGACGGCAGCGUGUUGGCGAGCUACGGGGGUGUCGUCGUCGUCACCAUAAAUUAUAGACUCGGCAUUUUAGGCUUUCUAAACGCCAACACGGAUUCGCACUUACGCUCGCCGGCGAAUUACGGGUUGAUGGAUCAGAUCGCGGCGUUACACUGGGUCCAGGAAAAUAUCGGUUACUUUGGUGGUGAUUCAAGGAACGUGACGUUGAUCGGCCACGGUACCGGAGCCGCUUGCGUUAAUUUCCUAAUGACCAGUCACGCGGUACCAGACGGACUGCUGUUUCAUCGUAGCGUUCUAAUGUCUGGUAGCGCGCUGUCACCAUGGGCGCUGGUGAGAGGAGCCGCAAAUUACGCUCUGCAAGUUGCCAAACAUCUAAAUUGCUCGUGGGCUGCAGGUGAUUCUCAGGCAUUGCUCAGAUGUCUGAGAGAGGUGCCGCUGAACGCGUUGGUUUCGGUACCGGUAAAAGGCUUGGAAUUCGCUCCUGCUUUCGGGCCGAGCAUAGACGGCGUCGUGAUUGAUCCAGGCGAUCCCGAUGAUCAGGACUUCACUCUGCAAGUGGAUACGAUCAAUACGCUGAACAACAUCUUGCUGCGGAAGGACGUCAUAUCGAAACUCUCAAGGUACGAUCUGAUGAUCGGCGUUGUCCGGUCGGAAGCGUAUUUCGCUUUAACGGCGGAUGACGCGCAGUACGGGAUCGAGGCUGACAGACGGACGAAGAUUCUACGGGAGUUUGUGCGUAACACGUACACGUAUCAUCAAGCAGAGAUCUUGGCGACGAUAAUCAACGAGUAUACCGAUUGGGAACGGCCUGUGCAGCAUCCGGUGAACAUAAAAGACGAAACCUUGGAGGCUUUGGGGGACGCGAACACCGUGGCGCCGGCUACGAGAACGGCAGACCUUCACAGUCAAUCCCAUCGAAACUCCUACCUGUACGUGUUCGAUUAUCAGACGAAGUUCGGCGAUUAUCCACAGAGACCAGGCUGCAUCCACGGCGAGGAUCUGCCGUAUUUUUUCGGUGCGCCGUUGGUAGGUGGCCUAUCUCAUUGGCCGAAGAACUACACGAGGGCAGAGGUCGCCCUGUCUGAAAGCGUGAUACUCUAUCUGACGAAUUUCGCACGCACCGGAAAUCCGAACGAGGGGAUGCCAGACGUAGGACCGCUGAGACCUGAGAGAACAAAGUUCAAGAACAUUGAUUGGAUCGCUUACGAAUCGGUGCACAAGAAAUACCUGAGCAUAGAGCUCAAGUCGAAGCUGAAGAACCACUACAGGGCGCACAGGCUCUCGUUUUGGCUGAACCUCGUGCCCGACCUCCACAAGCCGGGCUCCGACGACGUUCCGAGAUCGCAUCAUCUUCUUGACACCGAACAGGUGCCGCCUAGAUUCAUCCAGAGGAUACCGACGACGACACGGAUGACCACGGCGGAAGUGACCAUCACGGAGAAGACGCAAAACGUCUCGACAGCAAUACCCAGCGAACUAGCGUUCGAAGACUCAACUGCCCAGCCGGAAGACGGAUUCGCGGCUUACUCGACAGCCCUCAGCGUAACGAUAGCGAUCGGCUGUAGCCUAUUGAUACUCAACGUCCUAAUUUUCGCCGGUGUGUACUAUCAACGCGACAAGAGCAACCAGCACAAUUGCUCAAAGAAGCGCCAGGAGAACGGACAGAUGCCCAACAACAUUUGCGGGGAUCUGGACACGAAGACUGCCGAGAGACACCACAUCCAACACAUUCCGCCACCUGAGUUCGCGGACUUGCAGAACAACAGCUGCCACGUACCGAUGCCGCCGCCACCGCCGAAAAACACGAAACCAGGGAAACCGGGACAGAACCUGAUCAUCAGUCCUAAUCAGCUGCAGCAGGAGAGCAUGGCGAUGACCGGCACCGGGACGCUGAAAAAGGGCCACAAUCAUCAGCAGCAGGUGAUGGACGAGCUGAGGGUUUGACUCCACGAGCACCUCGUGAGUGUGGCUGAACAAUUACGAACGACUGACAGCGACGUGAAGUUCGAGGACGGUUUAAGCGAGGUGCUACUUCGACUUUUCGGCACUCGCUCAUGCACUUGAGCGAGGAAUACGCUCGAGGUUUGGAGGAAACGUUCUGAAGCCUUGUCGUGAAGUUCUUGGCAGUUCUAGGCAAACGAAAGGAGAUCGAGGUACAUCGAAUUUAUUGUAAUACCGGAUUAUCUCCUACGAGACCUGUCGAUACGAGUUCUGGUUCAUCAAUCAUUUCUUUGUAAUCCAGUAGAGGUAAUGUUAAUUCACGACAAUGCGAUGAACGUGCAUUCGAGACGGUGCUUGUUGCUGACAAACUGAUCCAAGUCCCUUGAACGAUGUCGUUCGCCUGUGGUGAAAUCUUGCGAGCAUACGAUAGAGAGACACGCGCGCAGAAGUGUCUGACCCGUUAUCCUUUUUCUACUUACUCCGAGCAAGCGGAGACAAAGAAGAAAACCAACACGCGACCAACUGCCGAGAAAUCGUAUAGUAAUUAACGAUGUCUAAGUAGAAUCUUCGAUCCUUGAGGAAACAUUGGAACUGUUUCCCGGCGAUGGCUCAAUCGAUAUCUCGAAACCAUUGUUUUUCCUUUUGUAACUCUUCAUACAGUCCAAAGGAUCUUUUCCUUCUCUCUGAUCGAAGAAUCGAACCUUGUCGAGGAUAUUCUGUUGAACAAAAAUGAGAAAUCUGUAAUUAACACGGCGUGAGAAGGUGAACAUUCUGUUUCUGAGCGACGUUCACUUCGAUAUCAGGCAGAAAGAAUCCACGUACGAGUCAGACAGAUCUGCUCUUUCGAAAAGACGAUAGAUUCUCGGUCAGACUUCCGAUUCGAUGACUCGUACGUAUUAUUCGACUUCUCCUUUGUAGAAACGUUAGUUCCUUUCGAAUAAAAUCCGCUUGCAUCAUCGACGACAUUCCAGUAGUCCGUGGAACUUCUCAUUCUUCUUUUGUUAAACUAAAUUAAUCGAAGUAUCUUCGAUUGUCCCACGAAAAAAAAGAGAGAGAGAGAAAGAUACAGAGCCUUGAAUCGAUCGUUCGAUUAUUUACGCUCUGUCACUGCCACGGGGAAACUCGAGCUCGUGCGACGAAAUUCGAAGAGCUGAAAAUAGUGUCGUUUGGCCUAGAUGCUCAAUAAAAAUAUUGCGAAACUAAAGGAACGAACGAAAAUUUUUGAAAAUAGGCACCGAUGGCACCGAUACGAUUGAGAUCUUGAAUCAAACAGCGCCGUAAGGGGGUUCUUUUUUUUUUUUACUAAUACGAAAGACGGGAUUGAAGAAACACGAUCAGCUUAUGAUAGAUGAUUUGUCACUAAAAUUAUACAACAGCAUACUGCCAAAAAUUGGAAGCGAUACUUUUAGCUGGGAACGCGAAAUACGUCGAUACGAAAGAUCGUUGAUACAGUCGUACGUACAGUCGCGAUUCGAGCAAGAAGGAAACAAGGAAACACGUGAUUUUUGGUCCAAUUUUUUUUUCUUUUUAGAGCGUCACUACGUCGGACAUUCUAAAAAAAAAAGAAAAAAAAGAAAAAAAGAAUAUGGACAAACUGUACGAAAACAGGAUGGAUUUAGAACUGUAAAUAAUGAUUAAUUUAACUUAGUGAUUCGUCGAGUCGUUUGUGGCGAAAAUUUGGUGGUGUAUGAAACGACGAAGAAACGAGGAAUCCGAUUGUAACUGCACUUGUGUCGAGUAACAAGAUGGUGUGUCAGCGUAGAAGCACUGGACGUAAUUUUAAAUUUGUAUAUAAUUGACAUUACAAUAAACUGUGUAAACAAUUA